AUGAGCACUUUCUUCUCUGAGAUAGCAGCGUGGCUGUGCCUGGCUGUCACCACAGUGCUGGGGGGAAUGCUUCUUUGCAAACUCAAGAAUAGCCCGGGGCAGGUGGGAAGCAGGGCCAUCUGCCUGAUGGGCCUCUGGGGAGGCAUUUGCCUGCUCAGCUUGUCCCUGUACUGGGGCUUGGCUGUCUUCUCUUUGUCCUGUUCUCUCACUUAUGCAUACUUAUCUGGCCAAGAGAUGUUACUCGUGGAUCAGAAGGCAGUCCUGAUCACAGGUUGUGAUUCUGGGAUUGGCCAUGCUUUGUCCAAGCAUCUGGACCAGCUGGGUUUCACAGUAUUUGCUGGAGUGUUGAAUGAAAAAGGAUCAGGAGCAGAGGAACUGCGAAGAACCUGCUCCUUGCAUCUCUCCGUGAUCCAGCUUGAUGUUACCAACCCAACCCAGAUAAAAGAGGCACACAGCAAGGUGGUGGAGAAGGUUCAGGACAGAGGACUGUGGGCGGUGAUCAACAAUGCUGGGGUCCUUGGCUUCCCGGCUGACGCGGAGCUUAUUCCCAUGGCUGACUACAGACAAUGCAUGGCCGUGAACUUCUUUGGAGCCGUAGAAGUCACAAAGACAUUUUUGCCUCUUCUUCGGAAAUCCAAGGGGAGGCUGGUGAACAUCAGCAGCAUGGCAGCAGGGGUCCCAAUGGAAAACCUGGCAGCCUAUGGCUCAUCUAAGGCAGCUCUGACCAUGUUUUCGGCAGUUAUGAGACAAGAGCUUUCCAAAUGGGGAGUUAAAGUUGCUGUCAUUCAUCCAGGAGGCUUCAAAACAAAUAUCAUAGGCACAAAGGAGAUGUGGGACAAGCAGCAGAAGAACCUUCUGGACACCCUAGCCCCUGACGUGCAGGAGGACUACGGUCAGGAGUAUAUUCUUGCCCUACAGGAUUUUCUCCACCUCAGUAACAUGCAUAGCAGUGCGGACUUCUCCCCCAUUCUCCUGGAUGUCCAGCACACAGUUUCUGCAAAGAGCCCCUUUGCUCUGUACACACCAGGAAAAAGUUCUUACCUGUGGCUCUGCAUUGCCUCCUUCUUUCCUGCUGUAGUGUUUGAUUAUCUUAGAAAGAGAGCACGUGGCUCUGGAAACAUGCACAGAGCCAUAAGCACGCCUGCCCAGGAGAAUGAAACCAUGUAG